GGUACGUUCUAAAGAUCUUUCCGAAUUCGUUUGUUUACAGUCAUGGCCGAUGUUCAAACCAGCAACAGCCACUGGUGAUUUUGAGAACGUGAUAUAUAUGUAUAGAAAUGAAGAAAUUCAUUAAAACUAUCAGAAAGAAGACCCAGGGUAAAGGAAGUUACGAUCCCCAGGAGGCGGCGGCAACUGGGGGAGCUUCGGGAGGGGCAGAGACCGGUUAUGAAGUGCGCGAGAAGGAUCUCCCAAAACUCCACAAAGCAGCAUGGACGGGGGAUUUGUCAAAAGUUGUGCAACUCGUGAAGAAGGACACAAGCGCUCUUGACAAAGAAAACAGAACUGCAUUACAUCUCGCCUGUGCCAGAGGUCAUGCCGACAUUGUUAAAGUUCUCCUGGAGUGGCAUGCCAAGAGCAAUGUGGGCGACGGCGAAUCUAAAACCCCUCUCCUUAAGGCGGUGGAAUGUGGCCAUGACGACUGUGUGAAGUUAUUAAUAGAACACAACGCCCAGCUGGAUACUGUGGAUAGGAAAGGAAACUCCGCUGUACAUCUGGCUGUGCUUUACAACCAUCCCAGAAUUGUCAAAAUUCUCACGGAGAGAGGGGCCACGGUCAAUUUACGGAACAAGACUGAGGAGGGGUUAGCUCCCUUGCACAUGUCCAUACAACUGAAAAGGGAAGAAAUCACUAAGAUCUUGCUGAUAGCAAAAGCAAAUCCAGAUAUACAGGAUCUUCUAGGCAGAACUCCUCUAAUGCUGGCCUGCUACGAUGGUGCCAUUACACCCAUCAGAAUGCUGCUGCAGUUCAAUGCCAACACCAUCAUCAAGGACAAGAAAGGUUUCACGGCCGAGGACAUGGCCAACAUGACUGGACAGUAUGCAGCAGCCCAGCUUUUGAGUGACCAUGCCAUGAAGCUUCGAAGGUCUACAGGUGGUGGCAGCAUCGCAGGUAGUAUCACCCCUAGGGAGACCCCACGAGGAUCGAUGGGUGCAUCAAGUGCCUCCACCACCCCCAGAGACCCCUCCCUGACCAACAUGUUACCUGCAAAUAACAUCGACAAAGACGACUCAGAGGAGGAAACUACACAAAGCAGAAUCUCACACAGUCAGCAGGACGAUUCCUGGGCAGAUGACAGCAUCAGCCUCGGGCCGGACACCAAGAAAAAGAGAGUUAUGCAAAAUAUUCCUGAGGACGCUCCAAAGAUGAGCCUAGCUGCCAAGCUGCCCACAUUCCCGGACAGUGAGCCUGACGAUGACGACUUGGAGGAAGAUGAGCAGGAGGAUCAGAGAGUACCUCCUUCAAACAUCCUAGGUCGACAGCAGCAGGGUUCUGUCAAAUCUAACCAAUCACAUACCUCCAUCGAGGACAACAUUCCGUACGACAGUGGGGAGGAGGAGGAUGAGGAGGAGAGGGAACCAGCAAAGAAACGAAUGAUAUCAGUCAAUAGGGUUUCGUUCCGAGACGAGUCAGAAAUCCGGGAAAUCACUGACGACAAUGACACAACAGACGUCGAGGAGAGUGAAGAAUCGGGAUCAGGUCCCAAGAGACCCAAACUGGACGACCAACCACAGAAAUCUACCGCGGGUUACGUGCCGACUGGUGUGGCCAAUUUAUCACCGUCUUCCAGCAUUGACAGAGAGAAGCAGAGAGGCAUCUUGAGCAAGCAAAGCGAGAAAGACAGUCAGGGAGAAGCCUUUCUUGCUGAUCUUGGGAUAGACGAUGAAUGUGACAGCGGCCCAGAAAUCUCAGAUGUUUCAGACCCGCCUCUCCCUGCCACUCAACCACCAAAAAUCACCGGCCCAGAUAACGAGGAAAGCGAGUGGGAUUCCACCCAGGUCACCAUCACCCCCAGACCGGGGAUACUAAAAAACUGGGCACAGGCAAGUCAAGAGGAGGUGGAAAAGAACGCUAAGAAGACUAUCACACCCAGAUCUGAUGGGUCGGAGUGGGACAGUGAUCUGGAAGCUGAUUUGGAUCCGGACCGAGACAUUGGCGUGGAUAAUCGUGUGAAAGCAAGGUACGAGGUGACCCAUUUCUCGGACAAUGACGAUGGUCUGUCCGACUCAGAGGAAAGCGAGGUCGUGCCGAAACCGAAGCGAAUGGAAAUUCACGGGGACGGUAGUCUGAAGGAAGUGAAGAGGGACGGAAGUCUGCGGGGGAUCGGGGACUCUCCCAUAGCACUGGAUUACACCCCUAGUGACGAUUUUGAAAUGAACGUGUCCCCUCUGGAGCCUUUCCAGGAAGAAACGAACAAUGAUGUGAUGAAUUUCACCAUCGAGGACGAGUCGCCCCGGGUAGAUGUCAUGGACCCAGAGGAGAUUCCUGUCCAAAUCGAGACAGAGGAAAUUCCUGUCCAAAUUGAGACAGAGGAAAUUCCAGUUCAAAUCGAGACAGGGGAAAUUCCUGUCCAAAUCGAAGAAGUUCCAAACCAGAGGGAACCAUCGGGUCCUGAUAAGGAUGAGGAAGUGAGCGAUGACCCAGAAACUGACCUUGAGGUUGCCCAGGUGUUGGGUUCAAGGUCGGUGGAUAAAGACAAGGCAACGAUGAAACUCCAGCCCCAGGACUCGCCGCAGCAAGUGGCUUCUGACGAAGAGACAACUAGCCACUGGGAUUCUACAGAGGAUGGGGUGACCCCAAGAGUCCAAAAUAUGACCUACUUUACUGAGCAGAAAUCCAAGCAAGAAGAGAUGAAAGUCAUGGAAGACGUGGAGGAUGACAUAAAUGAUGAUCAACUUCCUGUGCAGACAGAUAUCCAGAAGAUGGAGCCACCUAUCCCCACUGUAGAGGAAAAGGAAGUGAAGCCAGUCCUGGGUAAUCAAGCUUCUAGUGCCCCACAGAGACAGGAAAAACCAACAGCAGAAGAGGAAGAUGAAGAUUCAGAAUGGGACUCAGAGAUCAGCGGUGAUGAUAUGAUGCCCUCAGAAUCAGCCCCUCCUGUCUAUGGUGUACCUCCACCACCACAAACCAUGGAGAGUUCCCAAAGGGGAGACCACUCUGUGUCUGAAGAAAUAGAGGAGGAGUCUGUCAGCGAAUGGGAGAUUGAAAGACAGCAGGAAAAGAAGCUGAAAGCUGAGCAGGAGAAAUUUAAGCAACAGAAUUCAGAGGAGGAAGAUCAGAAAAAGAGAUGGGAGGAAGAACAGCGACAAACCAUGGAGGAGGAACACAGGUUAGAGGAAAUCCAAAGAGAGGCCGAGUUGGCACGACAGGAGAUGUGGGAGGAGGAGGAGAGGCAAAGUCAAGAGAGGCUGAGGAGAGAGGCUGAGGAUGAACAGAUGAGAGAGAGGGACUUGGAGAUGGAAUUUGGUAUUCAGGAAGGUGACAUAAUGGAGGAACAGCCCCUGUCCCCUAAAUCUCUGUCCUCCCUGGACUCCUCAUCAGGGUCUCAGAAGAGGAGAGAGAUGAAAAAAGCCAACUUUCUUCUUGUGGAAGAUUUUAUGAAAUCGGAGGGGGUAAAGUCACCAGACACUCCACCCACUGUCAGACUCAACAUCAGUCCGUUUCAGUCAGAGACACCCAAACCUUCUCAGGAGAAGCAGGAAGUGGAGGAGGAUCCUGUUACUAAAAAUAGCACUGGGAAGCUGCAGGCCCCGCCCAUAGAGGAGGAGUUCACUGUCGUCAAAACUCAAACAAUGAAAGAGGAAGUGAAACCGGUGAAAACUGGUAGUCCUUCUCCAACAAUCAAAGAGGAAGUGAAACCGGAGAAAACUAGUAGCCCUCCCCUGAUUGAUUUAGGACCAGACUCGGUUAAUACCAGAUCAUCUGCUAAAGAUGGUGGACGAAUCGAGGUAUUCGUGGAGAAGGCACUACUGCCUGUACAGGACGAUGUCAUAGAAGCGACGACGAGUUUCAAUACCGCCUCACCCCAACCCUCGACCCAGAACAUUGUGACGGAACAGCUCCACAAUGGAUAUGACAAAGACACUGACAUUCAUGGUGGACAGAAGAGCCGUUCUGAUGGCCCCGCCUUCUCCCAUAACCACAAUAUAGGGGUCAGCUCCUUCCACGCCUCUCCCGCUGUCAAUCAUAAAAGGCACAGCUCACACAUCACUGCUGGCACCUCCCCUCCCAACAUGCACAGUGAUGGCAUGAGCGUGGACGACGAGGACUCUGUGGACUUUGAUUUUGAGAGACCUUCCGACAAUAUGGGGACCUACCUGCGAGGUCUUCCUGGGGGUAAUUAUGGACCCUAUAGGGGGCUAGACAUGCCGGAUGAUGAUGCCUUUUCCUAUACCUCAACAGAAAAUGGCGACAGCAUGAUCUACCAAACAAACACCCCGUACGGCAAGGACGUUCUGGCCAACAUGAACCUGUCAGAUCCUGCCACUGUGUUAAAACUGCAGGAACACAUGCACGAACAGAACAGAAGGCUGGACCAGGAGAGGAACACCAAAAUGACCAUGGAUAACAAGAUGAGGUCAAUGAACAAGGAGAGGAAUGAACUCAUCAAGAAGAUUGACAAUCUCAGCCAGGCGCGGUCCUCCCUGGAGCAAACAAAACUGGACAUGGAGCAGAAAAUCCGGAAUCUGGAAUACAAUCUCAGCGAGGAGGCGGAAAUGAAAAAGAAUGCUGAGACGCUGCUCGCCAAGACCAAGGAACAGCUGGCUCGCAAAGAGGAGCAAUUCACAAAUGAGCUGGAAGCAAAACAGAAGACAGAACUCCAGAUGCGAAACCUCCAACUGGAUCUAAGAACAGCAAACAACAGCAUCAAACAGUUGGAUGAUGAGAAGUCGGAUCUUCAGCGACAACUCCAGAACGAGAAGAGUGCUCGACAACUCCAGGAACAGUUUAACGAGGACCAGCAAAAGAUCCAGCAGGCUCUGCACUCGGAGCAGAUCAAGUCCGAAGCUCAGAAGGAUGUUGAACUAGCUGAUGAUGAAGAUUCAGAUGCAGAAAACAAAUUAGAGGUAGCUGACGAAGACAGGAAGUCAGCCAACGAAUUAUUGAGGAAGUUACGAGCCGAGAACACGGCCUUCAAGUUGGAGAUCGAGAAACAAAGGACUCGACACCGAGAUGAAGUCGGCAUGUUGUCAACGGAAACCGAAGAGUUACAGGGUAAGAUUGAGGAGCUGAAAAACGAGAUCCGUCUGAAUGAAGAGGCUUUGUCUCAUGCCACCAUCCAAUAUAACCUACAGACCAGCAACCUCAGGACAGAGAUCUCCGUCAUCAACUCCGUGCUGGAGAAGGAGAAGGCUUCCAAAGAUAAGCUAGAGGCCGAGUUGUCGUCUCUAAAGACACGGUACCAUUCCAGUUCUCUUGAGCUUGACAAAUCGGAGCAGGCCAGAAACGAAGCAGAAAGGCGACUACAACACGACAAGGAGGAAAUGUCCAGGCAGCUGGAAACCAAAGACAAAGAAGUGUCCAGUCUGAAGGACAAUAUACAGGGCCUGCUGCAUCGCAUUACAAACCUAGAGAAUAAACUCAACCUCACUGAGAAUGAGUUACACAAGACGGAGGCCUUACUGCUGGAGAAGAAUAACACACUUAACAAAGCCCAGAAGGACCUGGACUUCCUACAGAGCGCCCACAUCGCGUCCGAGGAGAAGUGUCACACGGAAAUGGAGCUGCAUAACAAAUUACAAACAAAGUUAGAUCAGCUACAGGAACGGCACACCUCCAUGCAGCAUGAGAACUUGUCGCUCACACAGCAGGUGGACAAUCUACAGAGGAGUAUCGCGGAGCUCGGCGGAGACAAAAGUGUGGAGUAUAAUAAAAUCAUCGCCAGCAUGCAGGCUGAUGCCGAAAAGAUGAAGACACACUGGGAGGAGAGGAACAUUCUUUUGUCCGAUCAGUGCUCCCGGCUGAAGGAAGAGAAUCGCAACAUCGAGACUCGUCGCUCUCAGCUCGAACAGGAAAACACUCGGCUGAAUAACGAGAUCGCCGACCACAUCCGCAAAAUCUCGGUGGUGGAGGCGAACCACCAGAAUCUGGAACAUACCAAACGAAGCAUGGAUGAAGAGAAGACCAGGUUACAAAUGGAAAUCGAGAAAUACCGGGAGAAGUGCAAUCACGAACGCGAGAAAUGUAUCGAGGCGCAGAGUAAAUACAACACCGUCCAGGAUCAGCUGAGGCGAAUCCAGGAGAGGGAGGAAACAAACACUCAAAAACUCCUCAACAGCUCCGCCAACAUGGAGGCGGUCAGUAAAUCCAAGUCAGAGCUGGAAGAGAGUUAUCAGAACCUGAAGCUGGAAAACGCGAAGCUGGAGGCCGAGGUCAAACAUGAACGACACCGUGUCGAGAUGUUAGAAAAGGACCUGAAUGAUUCGCAGAAGGUCCGCAACAGUCUAGAAGCAUUGUGUUCAAAUCUAAAGACCACCAACUCUCACCUGGAAGACAAACUAGGGCAUGCUGUCAUCACUGACUUAGGCUCAGAUGAAGAGAGCACAACUAAAUCACUCAUUGCACAGGAGGCGGAGGAGCACAAAGAUCUGUGGGAGAAAGAGGUGAUAUCUCGCUCUAAACUCGGUCUGAAGAUUUCUCAGUAUGAAAAACAGAAACAGGAUGCAUUUGUUCAGCUGGAAGAGGAGAGAAGAAAACACAGAAAAACUGUGGAGUCCAAGAGGACAGCCGAGAUGAAACUGGAGGCUGAGAUUGACAAGAAUACUCAGUUACAGAAGGAGGUGUCCAGUCUGAAAGCUUACCUGAAGGUGGCCAAGAAGAGAUUAAAGGAGCUUGAUGCAAAUUUCACUCUUGACAAUGGUGUUGAUUCCCACGACUCGAGAAUUAAUUCUUUAACCGCAGAGUUUGAUCGAGAGCGUUUGACCAUGGAAAGUUCCCUCUCAUCUGUCAGGCAGCAGCUACAGGAUUUACAGCUUCACUUGGAAAGAGAGGUCGGAGAGAAGGAGCGCCUGCAGGCCAAGAACCACAGGCUGCAGAGUGAGCUCGCCGAGCUGGAGCGGCUCAAAAAAGUGCUAAAAAAACUGGAGCUCUCUAAGGAUAAGCUGGAAAGUGAAUAUAGUGCUUAUAAGAACAAGGUGGAAUCCGGAUUUGUGGAGAAGGAAGACCUAGAGCGUGUCCGACGUGAAAUUGAGGCUCGGUACCGCAUGGAACUAAAUAGGAAACUGGAGGAUGUAAAUCAUUACCUGGAGGAGCAAGCUCGAGCCAGGGAUAAACUGGAUGUCUCUCGAGAUGAAACCGAGUACAGAAUCAGAGAUGAUCAAAAGAAAGUCCAGGAAGAGAACUCAUCCCUGCGGCUGAAAUACGAGCAAGCUCUAGCUGAGAAGGAGAGUCGUGAGAUGGAGGCCAAGCGGUUCCGUGAGCUGUACGAGAGCGAGAUGCAGUGGAGGAUGAGACUGAGUAACCAACUGAUGCAGACAUCAGACAAGGCCUUCACGUACAAGUCAAACUUAGAGAAACAGAAAAACAGAGCGCUGAACACGCUAGGAAACUUAACCUUCUCAGGAACACUGAACGGUCAGUUGCUGGACACCAGCCGAAUAUCGGGAACCACUGAUGACCUGUUUACCAACAAACUCAAGGCCGAGUUGGAUCGCAGCAUCAACAAGCAUUUAGAAGCAGCACCCCAUGACAAUGGAAAACCUGUGAUCCGCCUACAGAGUGAUACCAUGAACUCCUCAUAUGCCAAAUCUAAUGCAGACUACUUAGAAGUACUUCAGAGGAAAUACCUAGUCUAGCCCUCCUCCUAAAUCUUCCAUUUCCAUUUCAUCACAUCUGCAGUUUCAACAUUUUCUCUGGAGGAUGGAAUGACAGAAUAAUCACAUUAUAAAUCUCAUUUUGCCUACAUAUUCCUGAUUUUUUUCAAUGACAGAAAAAUCAAUUUCGUUUUCGUUGGAAUAUGUGUAAGAGCUUAUAUGCGCGUAUCAUUGUCAGAAAUGCAUGGUUGAUUUCGUCUUUUGCUCAUCAUUGAUGACCGUGAGGAGUAAAAGAGGCGAUCAGCCGUUGGUAUCCGGCGAUGAUACGCUUUCAUCUUUUGUGAUAUGCAAUAUUAUGGAUGUGCAUAAUUCAAAUCAAAACUGCAUUCAGUCACGUGACUUCACUGAUGCACAGACUUUUUUUCUGUACUGCAGUAUCUGUAGUACAUCCUGACUGGUGGUCAGUUUAACUUAGUAAUACUACUUAUUAGUACUGCAUGAAAUGUGACAAUGAGGGACUAUCUAUCGUCAUACACUUGUACUCACUGUUAUGCAAUACCGUUUUUGGGGUGUUUUUUUUUACCACAGAUUACUUUUUAAAUACACACAACUUCUGUGAUAUUAUUAAGUUUUAUAACUUCAUAAAAAAAAGAACAGCGUAUAAUCCAGUAGACAUAUACACAUAUCUACUAUAUAUAUACACAUAUCUAUUAUCUAUCCAUGUAUAUAUAUAUAUAUAUUCAUAAUGUAUUUUAAAACAUGAAUGUUUGAAUGGAUUCGAGCAAUAUUUAGACAGUUGUGAUAGAGACCGUAGAACAGGAAUCUAAAACUGGUGAUGAAUUUAAAUACUCAUUGUGGUGGCAUCUCUUGUACAAUGCCAACAGAGGUUAUUAAACACAGCAAAAUAAAGGUGACAGGAAGAUUAUCAAACAGCAAAAUAAAGGUGACAAGAAGAUUAAUAACGGUGAUUGGAAGAUUUUUCAGAUUCAGUUUUCAGGGCUUCUCUGCCAUCCUCAAAUUUUCUUCAGCGUCAAACUGAUGCCGGUUUUGGGUAAAUUUUGAAUUAUAAACCAAUCUAGUCAACAUGAAAAUGUAUGUGUGUAAAUAUUUCAGUUUGCACUGGUUGAAAUAUGCAAGCAUAACGGAUGCACCUGAUCUAGAAAUUCUAAUAGUUGGGAGAGAUAUUGCACGCUAUAUAUUACAGCAUAUUUAACUAAUUAGGCAGGUUUGUGUAUGAUUUUUUAAUUUAGUUCAGCUUUACUGGGUUUUAAUGCACGAUUGGUUCACGUCCGUCCUAUCAGUUAUAGAUGAAAUGGUGUUCAAUUUACCCGUCUUACCAGUCACGGAAAUCAUUCGGUUUCCACACGUGUAAAUUUUAUUUUUAUUAUAUCAUUUUAUAACUAUCGGUGUAUUGUCAUCUUGAAUUUUACAUUUUAUUAUAAAAGUGAUGAUAUUUUGAUAUAUAAAGAUUAUUUUAAAUGA